AUGCCCCAAAAAAUUUCAGAAGGAAUCGAAGAUGGUAAUGCACUGACUGGUACUCGUAUAAAUAUUUAUUCAAUGAUCUGGUGUGGUGGUGGUGUCUAUCUCUUUGGAUUUGUAGUAGACACUUACAUUCUCCCCACAAAUCCUGAAACUGCAUACCACCUUGAACAUGCGUAUGCUAUCCUUGAAACAUUGAAAUCUAAGCUUUAUUUAGCGUCUUUUUUUAUUAUGGAGAUUGAGAGGUCUGUUGCCAAAAAAAGGCGCCGGACAAUGACAGAUAUCUUAGGGGUUGAAUUUGCUUUUUAA